UCGCCACAAGUGGGUUUGGUGGAGCGUAAUCGUCCCCACUACCGGUACCAGAUGCCGUUCGAAGAGCUCCUGGCAUACCUUCUGCUCCCCCCCCCACACACAGGCUUUUUUUUCCUACCCGCCUGUCGAUUGGCGAAGGUGAACAUCAAAAUGGCUGUUUGGGGGUCUGAAAUUGGACUACCCAAAACCUUCACUAGUCGUCUUCGACUACGCCAGAUUCGAGGAUUUAGAGCAGAUGAUGUCCAUGCCCAUGAACAUGCCAGUGCUUUGCAAUCUUGCUCUCCUUAG